AACAACAACAACAACAACAAAAAGUAGGCCCGUAGAAACCACAGCGGAGAUGUAUCUACGGGAAACGGCGACCCUUCUUUCUUUCGCUGUGAUGGCUUCUGCGUUCUUCCCGCCUAAGCAACUAUGCACACUUCAGAACUGCGGAAACUUCCGGUAUUCUAACAUCGCGGUGUUCUACAGAGGACUGUUUAAGACAAAGGAUCAAAUCGUGAGGGAGGACUUGAAAUGGGCUGUUGACCAUCAGAGGAGAUACGGCAAAACGUUGUUGACAUUUUGGGAAGUGAUAUUUCAAGCUUCGUAUGUGGGAGGUCAUGAUUUUGAUCAGUGUUGUCCAACAACGAUGUCUCACAUCAAUCCGACAACUCUUACGAACACUAACGGAAUUGUCCGAGUCAUCGUCCAUCUUGACCUAUUGACUCCGUCUCAGUUUCAAUGGAUACCACACGGGGAGUGCUCCUCAGCGCCACACUUCUGUGUUGGAGUCUGUCGACUAGAAAACAUCACCAUGUACUUACUCGUGCACAACUUCGCGUUAAACCCACCCUUUGAAUUUGAUUCAUUUUCCGUUCCCUCAUACUGCUCUUGUAAGAGUUCUUAAACUAUAUAAAGAAUUAAUUCCUACU